CCCGCUCCCCGCAGGAUGGCGCGCUUUGGAGACGAGCCCCCGGCCCGCGGCCCCGGGGCGGCGGCGGGGGGCGCCGGGGGGCCCCCGCUGGCGGGCGCGGGCGGAGGCCGGGGCGCGGGGCCCCCCAGGCCGGGCGCGCAGCCGGGGGCGCCCCGCGUCUACAAGCAGUCCAUGGCGCAGCGCGCACGCACCAUGGCCCUCUACAACCCCAUCCCCGUGCGUCAGAGCUGCCUCACCGUCAACCGCUCGCUCUUCCUCUUCAGCGAGGACAACGUGGUGAGGAAGUACGCCAAGAAGAUCACCGAAUGGCCUCCCUUUGAAUACAUGAUUUUAGCCACCAUCAUCGCCAACUGCAUCGUCCUCGCCCUGGAACAGCACCUGCCUGACAAUGACAAGACCCCAAUGUCAGAGCGGCUGGAUGAUACGGAGCCGUACUUCAUUGGGAUUUUUUGUUUUGAGGCGGGGAUCAAAAUCAUCGCCCUGGGCUUUGCCUUCCACAAAGGUUCCUACUUGAGGAACGGCUGGAAUGUGAUGGACUUCGUGGUGGUUCUUACAGGCAUCCUGGCCACCAUUGGGGCGGAGUUCGACCUGCGGACACUGAGGGCAGUACGAGUCCUGCGGCCGCUCAAGCUGGUGUCAGGGAUCCCAAGUUUACAGGUGGUGCUGAAGUCCAUCAUGAAGGCCAUGAUCCCUCUGCUGCAGAUUGGCCUCCUCUUGUUUUUCGCCAUCCUGAUUUUUGCCAUCAUAGGGUUAGAGUUUUAUAUGGGCAAGUUUCACACCACCUGCUUCGAGGAGGGGACAGCUGACAUCCCGAGCGAGUCCCCCGCGCCGUGUGGGACGGAGGAGCCUGCCCGCACCUGCCCCAACGGCACCCAGUGCCGGCCCUACUGGGAGGGCCCCAACAACGGCAUCACGCAGUUCGACAACAUUCUGUUUGCUGUGCUCACGGUUUUCCAGUGCAUAACCAUGGAAGGCUGGACAGACCUCCUUUACAACAGCAACGAUGCCUCAGGGAACACUUGGAACUGGUUAUAUUUCAUCCCCCUCAUCAUCAUCGGCUCUUUUUUUAUGCUGAACCUCGUGCUGGGUGUGCUGUCGGGGGAGUUUGCCAAAGAAAGAGAACGUGUGGAGAACCGACGGGCUUUUCUGAAGCUGAGACGGCAGCAACAGAUUGAAAGAGAGCUCAAUGGAUACAUGGAGUGGAUCUCCAAGGCGGAAGAGGUGAUCCUUGCUGAGGAUGACACGGAUGGAGAGCAGAGACUUCCUUUUGAUGCUCUGAGGAGAGCCACCAUGAAGAAGAGCAAGACAGACCUCCUGCACCCCGAGGAGGCCGAGGACCAGCUGGCCGACAUCGCCUCUGUGGGGUCUCCCUUCGCCCGAGCCAGCAUUAAAAGUGCCAAGCUGGAGAACUCGACUUUUUUUCACAAAAAGGAAAGAAGAAUGCGCUUCUACAUCCGUCGCAUGGUCAAAACUCAGGCCUUCUACUGGACUGUGCUAAGUCUGGUAGCCCUCAACACGCUGUGCGUGGCGAUCGUCCAUUACAACCAGCCAGAGUGGCUCUCCGACUUCCUCUACUAUGCAGAAUUCAUUUUCUUAGGACUCUUUAUGUCCGAAAUGUUUAUAAAAAUGUACGGGCUCGGGACGCGGCCUUAUUUCCACUCUUCCUUCAAUUGUUUUGAUUGUGGGGUCAUUAUUGGGAGCAUCUUUGAGGUCAUCUGGGCCGUCAUCAAACCUGGUACAUCCUUUGGAAUCAGCGUGUUACGAGCCCUCAGGUUACUGCGUAUUUUCAAAGUCACGAAGUACUGGGCAUCUCUCAGGAACCUGGUCGUGUCCCUUCUCAACUCCAUGAAGUCCAUCAUCAGUCUGCUCUUUCUCCUCUUCCUGUUCAUCGUCGUCUUUGCCCUUUUGGGAAUGCAGCUUUUUGGAGGCCAGUUUAAUUUCGACGAGGGGACACCCCCUACCAACUUUGACACUUUUCCGGCAGCAAUAAUGACUGUGUUUCAGAUCCUGACGGGGGAGGACUGGAACGAGGUCAUGUACGACGGCAUCAAGUCACAAGGCGGCGUGCAGGGCGGAAUGGUGUUCUCCAUCUACUUCAUCGUCCUCACGCUCUUCGGGAACUACACACUCCUGAAUGUCUUCCUGGCCAUCGCGGUGGAUAACCUGGCAAACGCUCAGGAGCUGACCAAGGAUGAACAGGAAGAGGAGGAGGUGGCCAACCAGAAGCUGGCCUUGCAGAAGGCCAAGGAGGUGGCCGAGGUCAGCCCCCUGUCUGCGGCCAACUUGUCCAUAGCCGUGAAGGAGCAGCAGAAGAACCAGAAGCCAGUGCGGUCGGUAUGGGAGCAGCGCACCAGCGAGAUGAGGAAGCAGAACCUGAUGGCGAGCCGGGAGGCCCUGUACCCUGAGCGCGACCCCGAGGAGCGCUGGGCGACCACCUACAGGCACCUGCGCCCUGACGCCAAGAGCCACCUGGACAGACCGCUGGUGGUGGACCCGCAAGACAACCGCAACAACAACACCAACAAGACCCGCGUUGCCGAGCCCCCCGGGGACCCCCGGGUCAGCCCCCCACGCCCCUGCCCGGCGGAGGACUUGGGGCGCAAGGCUGCUCGCUGUCCCCCGGACGGCCGCAGGGCCUGGGCGGCUCCCCCAGAUGUCCAGCUGGGCCGGGAGGGCCCUUACGGCCGUGAGUGCGAUCCCCGGCCCCGGGAGCCCGGCCCCGGCACCCCUGGCCCGCCUGCGCCUUUGGGGGGCUGGGGACCCGAAUCUGGGGGCAUCCCGGGGGAGGCGCGCAAGGCCGGGGACCCGCAGCGGCGCCCCGCGAGGCGGCCCGUGGGAGGCAGGGACAGUCGCGGGGGAUCGCCGCGAGCCGGGGUGGACGGAGAGCCCCCACGCAGGCCCCGGACGCACCGCAGGGCCCCAGAUGACAGUGGUGGCGGCGGGGGUGAGCGCAGGGCGAGGCGCCGGGACCCCGAGGACGGUGGGGAGCGCAGGAGGAGACAUCGCCACGGGCCCCCGGGGAGCAGUGCCCCAGAGCCUGACCCACGUCGGCGCAGGAGGAGAGAGAACCAGGUUUCCGGUGUCCCCAUGUCGGGCCCCAACCUGUCCACCACUCGCCCGAUCCAGCAGGACCUGAGCCGCCAGGACCCGCUCCCCCUGGCUGAGGAUAUUGACAACAUGCGCAACAACAAGCUGGUGACGGCCGAGGCAGCGGGCCCCCACGACGGCAUGGGGCCCCCGGGCCUGCCCCCCAGCCCCACCAAGACAGGGGACUGUGCUGAGCCGGGCCCACACUCCAACCCCCAGAACACCGCCGGCCGCCGGGUACCCAACAACCCGGGGAACCCCUCCAACCCCGGCCCCCCAAGGACCCCCGAGAACAGCCUUAUCGUCACCAACCCCAGCAGCACACAGGCCAACUCAGCCAAGACUGCCAGGAAGCCUGACCACACUGCGGUGGACAUCCCCCCCGCCUGCCCGGUCCCCCUCAACCACACGGUUGUCCAGGUGAACAAAAAUGCCAACCCAGACCCACUGCCAAAAAAGGAAGAGGAGAAGAAGGAAGAGGAAGACGACCCAGGAGAAGAUGGUCCCAAGCCCAUGCCUCCUUACAGCUCUAUGUUCAUCUUGUCCACCACCAACCCCCUCCGCCGCCUAUGCCAUUACAUCCUGAACCUUCGCUACUUCGAGAUGUGUAUCUUGAUGGUCAUUGCCAUGAGCAGCAUCGCGCUGGCCGCCGAGGACCCUGUCCAGCCCAACGCGCCCAGGAACAACGUGCUGCGGUACUUCGACUAUGUGUUCACAGGUGUCUUCACCUUCGAGAUGGUCAUCAAGAUGAUCGACCUGGGCCUCGUCCUACACCAGGGUGCCUACUUCCGAGACCUCUGGAACAUUCUCGACUUCAUAGUGGUCAGUGGGGCCUUGGUGGCCUUUGCCUUCACGGGAAACAGCAAAGGCAAAGACAUCAACACCAUCAAGUCCCUGCGAGUCCUCAGGGUGCUGCGACCUCUGAAAACCAUCAAGCGGCUGCCCAAGCUCAAGGCGGUGUUCGACUGCGUGGUGAACUCGCUCAAGAAUGUCUUCAACAUCCUCAUCGUCUACAUGCUCUUCAUGUUCAUCUUCGCGGUGGUGGCCGUGCAGCUUUUUAAGGGCAAGUUCUUCCACUGCACGGACGAGUCCAAGGAGUUUGAGAAGGAUUGUCGCGGCAAGUAUCUUCUGUACGAGAAGAACGAGGUGAAGGCGCGGGACCGCGAGUGGAAGAAGUAUGAGUUCCACUACGACAACGUGCUGUGGGCUCUGCUCACUCUCUUCACUGUGUCCACCGGCGAGGGGUGGCCCCAGGUCCUCAAGCACUCGGUGGAUGCCACCUUCGAGAACCAGGGCCCGAGCCCCGGAUACCGCAUGGAGAUGUCCAUCUUCUACGUGGUCUACUUCGUGGUCUUCCCAUUCUUCUUUGUCAACAUCUUCGUGGCCCUGAUCAUCAUCACUUUCCAGGAGCAGGGCGACAAGAUGAUGGAGGAGUACAGCCUGGAGAAGAACGAGAGAGCCUGUAUCGAUUUUGCCAUCAGCGCCAAACCCCUCACCAGACACAUGCCCCAGAACAAACAGAGUUUCCAGUAUCGCAUGUGGCAGUUCGUGGUAUCACCACCUUUUGAGUACACCAUCAUGGCCAUGAUUGCACUCAAUACCAUUGUGUUGAUGAUGAAGUUCUACGGUGCCUCGGUGGCUUACGAAAAUGCCUUGAGAGUCUUCAAUAUCGUCUUCACCUCUCUCUUUUCCCUGGAGUGUGUGCUUAAGGUCAUGGCCUUUGGGAUUCUGAACUAUUUUCGCGAUGCCUGGAACAUCUUCGACUUUGUGACUGUUCUGGGCAGCAUCACUGACAUCCUGGUCACUGAAUUUGGGAACAACUUCAUCAACCUGAGCUUCCUCCGUCUCUUCCGAGCCGCUCGGCUCAUCAAACUCCUCCGCCAAGGUUACACUAUCCGCAUUCUUCUCUGGACUUUUGUGCAGUCUUUCAAGGCCCUGCCCUAUGUCUGUCUGCUGAUCGCCAUGCUUUUCUUCAUCUACGCCAUCAUCGGGAUGCAGGUGUUUGGCAACAUUGGUAUCGAUGUGGAGGAUGAAGACAGCGACGAGGAUGACUUCCAGAUCACUGAGCACAACAACUUCCGGACCUUCUUCCAGGCCCUCAUGCUCCUCUUCCGGAGUGCCACGGGGGAGGCCUGGCAUAACAUCAUGCUGUCUUGCCUCAGUGGGAAGCCGUGUGAUAAGAACUCAGGCAUUCUGACUCCGGAGUGUGGCAAUGAGUUUGCUUACUUCUACUUCGUGUCUUUCAUCUUCCUCUGCUCUUUCCUGAUGCUGAACCUCUUUGUGGCUGUCAUUAUGGACAAUUUCGAAUACCUCACGCGAGACUCCUCCAUCCUGGGUCCCCACCACCUGGAUGAGUACGUGCGUGUCUGGGCUGAAUAUGACCCUGCGGCAUGGGGCCGCAUGCCUUACCGGGACAUGUAUCAGAUGCUGACACACAUGUCCCCCCCCCUGGGCCUGGGAAAGAAGUGUCCUUCCAGAGUGGCUUAUAAGAGGCUUCUGAGAAUGGACCUGCCGGUGGCCGAGGACAACACAGUCCACUUCAACUCCACGCUUAUGGCGCUCAUCCGCACGGCAUUGGACAUCAAGAUCGCCAAGGGAGGAGCAGACAAGCAGCAGAUGGACGCCGAGCUGCGCAAGGAGAUGACGGCCAUCUGGCCCAACCUGUCCCAGAAGACACUGGACCUGUUAGUCACCCCUCACAAGUCCACGGACCUGACGGUGGGGAAGAUCUAUGCGGCCAUGAUGAUCAUGGAGUACUACCGACAGAGCAAGGCCAAGAAGCUGCAGGCCAUGAGGGAGGAGCAGAACCGGACGCCCCUCAUGUUCCAGCGCAUGGAGCCCCCAUCUCCAACCCAGGAAGGCGGACCCGGACAGAACGCCCUUCCCUCCACCCAGCUGGACCCAGGAGGGGGCCUGAUGACCCAUGAGCAGGGUCUUAAGGACAGCCCAUCCUGGGUGACCCAGCGAGCUCAGGAGAUGUUCCAAAAGACAGGCACCUGGAGCCCGGAGCGGGGACCCCCCAGCGACAUGCCCAAUAGCCAGCCCAACUCUCAGUCUGUGGAGAUGAGAGAAAUGAGCAGAGACGGUUACUCUGACAGAGAGCACUACCUCCCCAUGGAAGGCCAGGUCCGGGCCGCCUCCAUGCCCCGUCUGCCCGCCGAGAACCAGAGGAGAAGGGGCCGGCCACGUGGGAAUAACCUUACUACCAUCUCAGACAACAGCCCCAUGAAGCGCUCGGCCUCCGUGCUGGGCCCCAAGGCGCGGCGACUGGAGGACUACUCGCUGGAGCGGGUGCCGCCCGAGGACGACCCCCGGCACCACCAGCGGCGCCGCGACCGCGGACACCGCGCCUCCGAGCGCUCCCUGGGCCGCUACACCGAUGUGGACACAGGCUUGGGGACAGACCUGAGCAUGACCACCCAGUCCGGGGACCUGCCCCCCAAGGAGCGGGACCAGGAGCGAGGGCGCCCCAAGGACCGGAAGCACCGACAGCACCACCACCACCACCACCACCACCACCCCCAGCCCCCCGACAAGGAGCGCUACCCCCAGGAGCGGCCGGACCACGGCCGGACUCGGACCCGGGACCAGCGCUGGUCCCGCUCCCCCAGCGAGGGCCGUGAGCACAUGACGCACAGGCAGGGUAGUAGUUCCGUAAGUGGAAGUCCAGCCCCCUCCACCUCCGGUACCAGCACUCCAAGGCGGGGGCGCCGCCAGCUCCCCCAGACCCCGUCCACCCCGCGGCCUCACGUGUCCUACUCGCCCGUCGUCCGCAAGGCCGGGGGGCCCAGCGGGGGCGCGCGGAGAUACCCCCCGGGCCCCGGGUCCGAGCCGGGAGCCCACGGCGUGGGGGGCCGCUCGCCGGGACUGGAGCGCAGGGCCCCGGGGCGUCCCGAGUCUCCCCGCGCAUGUCGCCACGGCGCGCGCUGGCCUGGGGGCGGGGGCCACGGGUCCGAGGGGCCCCGGCACCACCACGGCGGCUACUACUACGACGAGGCGGACGGGGAGGACCCCCCUCUGGACGGGCCGCCCCCCAGGACUCCCCGGGCCGCGGGGCCGCCGCUGUGCGCCUCGCCCCCCGCCCGCCACGGCCGGCGCCUCCCCAACGGCUACUACGCGGCCCACGGCCCAGCCCGGCCCCGCGCACCCCGAAAAGGGCUGCAGGACGCCUACAGCGAGACGGACGACGACUGGUGCUAAGCCCGGGCUGGGGGCCCCCCCAGCGCCCGCCCGGCCUCCCCCGCCUGUCCCCCCAGACCCCCAGAAUCAAAGGCAAAAGGCAGCGCGCGCUCCGGGCCGCGGGCGGCGCUCCACGCACACGCCUCCAUGGGCAACGACGGCAGGGCCCCCCCUAGUGACCCCAAGCUCUGGGCAGGGCCCCACCAGUGACCCCAAGCUCUGGGCAGG